AUGCGGGGGUGCGGGGCCGGGGCCAGGCCGCGCCACUGGCUGACGCUGCUCUCCGGGAUGCUGGAGUGUCUGGGCUUCGCAGGGGUGGUGUUCGGCUUCGCCUCCCUGGUGUUUGUGCUGAAGGAGGAGGGGUACUUCGGCGAGCUGUGUGGCAGCCCCUCCAACAGCAGCAGCGGCCUGCCGCUGACCGCCUGCAGCAGUCAGGACGAGCAGUUUUCCAUGGUCUUCACCAUCGCCUCCUUCCUCAACAACUUCCUGAGUCUGGUCAACGGCUACCUGUUCGACCGCUUCGGCACCAUGGUGACCAGGCUGCUGGGGAUGUUUCUCCUCCUCUGUCCCGCAGCGUUCCCACAGGUGCUCUUCCCGGCCCUGUCCUGCUUAGCCGUGGGAGGAAUUCUGCUCCUCAUAACCAACAUGCAGGUGGGAAACCUGUUCGCCGCCCAUCGCUCCACCAUCAUCACCCUCUACAACGGAGCCUUCGACUCCUCCUCAGCCGUGUUCUUCGUCAUCAAGGUGAAUCUGUUGGCUCCAUUUCUGUCCAUUAAAUCACACUCACUGCUGUCUGCUGCCUUAAGAAGCCUUUUUUAA